UUCAUUCCACUGGCAACAUUAGGCACCUGAUUGUUUGUUCGGCAGAGUUCGGCUUUGGGUGCAGCCGCUUUGUGAAUUUGUUUUUGUUUUAAUUAAAGUAAUAGUGAGUGAUAACGGUGUAACACUUUUUGUAAAAUGAUCUAACCACCGUGCAAUGUCUUUUACACAGCGUGAUUGCGUGCAGUGUUUGUGAAAAGCAGUCGCUUCCGCCAUGACGAUGGCUCUCUUGAUCGGGAAGUAUUCCAUGAUUCCUGUAUACGUUUUAUGUAUCGCGCUCUGCUAUCCUGUUUCGGGUGAAUCCGACCCAGUCCGUCACAUACAGAAUGUAACAGCCAAAGGGGACUACGGGAAAGAGGCCGUCCUCACAUGCCUUAUCAGCAAGCUGGAGAAGCCGGACGUCCAAUGGAUCAUCGAAGGGAAAGCCGAGCCCAUAAUCUAUGAGGAAGUGGCUGAAGCAACAACUGCUACGGUUCCUGUUACAGGGGUCGCCGGUGAGAACAAUAUGACUGAGACUGAAAAUUAUACGGCUACAACUGCGAUCAUGAGUGAAUUGACAACUGUGUUGCCAUCUACUACGGUUUCUGACGACGGGUUUAUCACUAAGAACAAUGUGACUGUAAAUUAUGCGACAACAACUGAAGUUAUAACAUCUACAGAGCCAACUACGGUUAAUGGCGACGGAACCGCGGAAACAACAGUAAAAUACGCAACCGAGAUCAAAAACCAGUCUUAUAUCCUGAAAAUCGCGAACGCCACAGAAGAUGACGCCAGAAACUAUACCUGCAUGGUCCUAGGGGAAUCCAGGACUGAAUACUUGAAUCUAAGCUUCCCUGGGAAACCAGUUUCCAUGAAAUCUGAUCCUAAGGCGGACUCUAAUAACAUCGUGCAGUUUACCUUACCGGCGGAUAAGAAUAAGACGCUGACGCUGACAUGCGAGUUCGAGGUCUACGACCAAACUGAGAUCGAAUGGAUACUACAACGAUACAACGAAGAAGACAUCCCUUUAAAUGGGACUACGACCAAAAACAUGAAACAACUCAUCAGCACUUACAGUACACAGAUAUCAAAAGAAUCAUUCAAUAUCCAAAAUGGCACGCAUAUAUGUCGAGUUUGGGAUUCCCAUGGAUACAAAAAUCUAACCACUAGAAUACAUGUUAAAAUCAUUGCUCAGCCCGUGGUCACAAUAACAUUUGCUAAGCCUGUCAGCUCUUCGUCAAUCUAUUUAAACUGGACGGUAAAACAAUACAAUUCUGACAUUAAAAGAUACGAAUUGACAUAUAAAAAUACUACGGACACUGAAAGGCACUUCAGUCCUACGUCUAUCAAUAAAACGGCAAAUUUCUAUGUCCUGGAUGGAUUAGCGAAAAACACCACGUAUGAGUUAAAACUGAAAGUAGAAACUGGUGCUGGGAGCAAUCAUGAUGAAGUCUCCAAUCUGACCACAUUGCCGAAAGACCCUGACUUCGUUCCCAAUAUUUCCAUCAAUGGAUUCACGGCACGUUCGAUGACUAUUGGUCUGAGUGCCCCACCAAGUGACAUAGCCGAGUACGUACAUUAUUAUCAGCUGGAGGUGUGGAAGAAAAUCGACAAAAAUAACACAACAGAGAACGCAGUUCAUAUUAGAGACGACAGGAACUUACCGUACAUGUUUAACAACCUCGAUCCGCACACAACCUACGUUUUUAGGGCGAAAGCAUGCUUUGAAUACGGCGGCAACUACAACUGCUGUGGGAACUGGUCGAAGGAAAUGGAGGCGUUGACUAUGGACGGGAUACCCAACGAGCCCAACAACUCCGUCAUCUACUGCGACUUCUCGGUGGAGCAGGGGUACUACAUGAACCUCACGUGGGAGCAGCCCACCAGACCCAAUGCCGAGAUUAAGGGAUACAUGAUGGAGGUGACGGGCAACUCGACUUAUAUCGACCGGUUCGGCAAACUGAAGGUGGACACAUUCGGACCGCUCACCAAAUUGUUCACCAACGAGACGUUUCUUGCUAGGGUUCCAGAUCUGAAGCCCAACAUGAACUACACGGUGCGAUUGAUGGCGAUGACACGGUCCCGUCGCCGGGGACAGGAGAAAGUGGUCAACUGCACCACGGGCCGAGGCCCACCCGACUUCCCACCACGACCAAGCUGGCGCAAGGUUGAAGAGAAAAAGGGGGAUACUUCUGAAUAUUCACUCAGAGUACGAGUUCCCCGUGUUCCAGAGCGAAACGGACCCAUUUGUUGCUACAGGGUAUACCUUGUGCGUCUACCUAAGGGCAAGGGCUGGAUCUCCACCAACCCUCAGGACCUGCCCCUCAUCACGUGGGCCGACGCGCACGCCGCCAACUCCGACUACGAGGAGGGAGCCUACGUCACUGACAUAUUCAACCACGAAAAUUUCCCUAAAGUCGAGCUGAUACUCGGCGACAAUAUAAGUGUGAUCAUGCCACGUCAAGACGGCAACAACACAUGUAGGCGCUGCUUCGAGCGGCCACUGAGAAAAGAACCCCCUACGACUGCGAAGAUUGCUACAGUCACCGCUGAUGCCGAUUAUGACGACAAGACAACGGAAGUAGCGAAGACUAAGAGAUCUUUGGAUACCAGAGAGGAUCAAUUAAUCACGCCGACAGACGGGAAAUUGGACCCAUCAGUGAACUACACGCUCUUCGUUGAGUUAAUACCCGGCACUGAAGACCCGUCCCUGUACAGUAGUUACACAAAUGCACUCAACACGGCCAUACCGCCGCAGAUUAUUGCCGCCAACAACAUGGAAACUGCGCUACAGAUAUGCUGCGGUGUAGCUGCUCUACUCCUAUUGGCUACGAUUAUCUUCUGCAUCGUCCACACGCGGCGCGCGCGCAAGCAGCCGCUGCGGCACGCGCAUGUCGAGCUCAACCCCAUACAGGCCGCGCUCAGGUACGUGGUGGGGCACAUCGGCGGGCGCACGCCGCUGGUGUCGGCGCCGCCGCCCGACAUGCCGCCCGUCGCGCUGGAGGACCUCGCCGCCGCCUACGCCGAGCGCCAGGCCGACUCCGACUACGGCUUCCAGAAGGAGUUCGAGCUGCUACAAAUGCUCCCCGAAUGCUACCCGGACCGCACCACACACGCCUCCGAAGCGCGCGAGAACCAACCCAAGAACCGCUACCCUGACAUCAAGGCCUACGACCAGACGAGGGUCAAGCUCUCCCAGAUAGAUGGCAUCACUGGCUCGGACUAUAUCAACGCGAACUAUGUCAUGGGAUACAAGGAGCACAAGCAAUUCAUUUGCGCACAAGGCCCCACAGACACCACCGUCAAUGACUUCUGGCGUAUGAUCUGGGAGCACGGGCUGGAGCUCAUCGUGAUGCUCACCAACUUGGAAGAGUACAGCAAGGUGAAAUGCUCCAAAUACUGGCCGGAUGAAGACCGUGGCUCGCGGGCCUUCGGCGCUAUCACUGUGCACCACGUUUCCGAAAAACGAUACUCUGAUUACAUAGUGAGAGAGUUGAAAAUCGUAAAGCAGGCCACCAACUCUGAAGGCCAGCCGAUCGUGGAGAACAACGGCGUCGCCAAGAGAAACGGAGAUUGCAAAGACCCAGAAAGCGGGAGCGCACCCACAUCUCCACGAGAAGUAAAAGACAACACCCGCAUCGUGCGGCAGUACCACUUCCUCAUGUGGAAAGACUUCGCUGCGCCCGAGCAUCCGCAGUCCAUACUCAAGUUUAUCAAGCGUAUGAACGAAGCGUGGUCGCACCUAAUGGGCCGGCCAGUAGUGGUGCACUGCUCGGCCGGCGUGGGCCGCACGGGCACGCUGGUGGCGCUGGACUGCCUGCUGGAGCAGCUGCGCACCACGCGCCGGGCGGCCGUGUUCACCACCGUGGCCGAGCUCCGCCGCCAGAGGAACUUCCUGGUGCAGUCGCUGAAACAAUACGUGUUCGUCUACCGAGCGCUAGUCGAGUACGCGCACUACGGCGACACAGAGAUCCCGGCAUCGCGGCUCAAGUCCAGCAUCGAUCGUUUGAGGAAUACGGCAGAGGGCGCUGAUAAGUGCCUCAUGGAGCACGAGUUCGAGAAAAUGAUGAACCCGCCAGUAACGGAACCACUAAAAUCCUGCUCAGCGGGCUCUGUAGAAGAAGCCCGGGCCAAGAAUCGAAGCCCAGAAUACCUACCCUAUGACCGCAACCGCGUCAUAUUGGCCCCAGCGCCGCCUCUGCACUAUUCCACCUACAUCAACGCGUCUUUCAUUGAAGCAUAUGACAAUUCAGAAGGCUUCAUAAUCACGCAAGACCCGCUCCCGAACACCAUCGUGGACUUCUGGCGGAUGGUGUCCGAACACAACGUCUCUACUAUCGUUAUGUUAAGUGAACUGGGUGAAGGCAAGUGCCCGCGCUACUGGGACGACGGCACCGCGCAAUACGAGCACAUCUCCGUACAGUAUGAAGAGAGCGAAUCUUGCCCGUACUACACGAGGCGGCAGUUCCGGGUCACUAACAACAAGAGCGGCGACGUGAUGGUGGUUCGGCAGCUGCAGUACCAGGGCUGGCCCACGGCGCCCGGCCACGUGCCCGAGGUCACGCGCGGCCUGGCCGAGCUGGCCGACGCCGCGCGCCCGCCGCCUCCACCCGCCGCCGCCGCCGCGCAGCCCGAGCCCGCCAUGCUGCUGCACUGCCAAUACGGCACAGAACGGUCGGCGCUGUUCGCGGCGCUCUGCAUUCUGAUCGCGCAGCUGCGCAACGAGCGGCGAGUCGACGUGGCCGCCACCGCGCGCAAGGUGCGCUCGCAGCGCGCCGGCACCAUCAAUACCUUCUUGCAAUACGAAUUCCUCCACCGUGCCAUACUCAACUACGCGGAGCUGCACAACCUACUAGAAGACAGUUAAACUUUCUUCCACACGCCUUUAGCGCAAAUGGACUUUAUCCCAUGCACGGUAGGCUCAAUUUUACCUGCACACCUUAUGUGGGCAACGACGCUCAAACUUUUGUAACGAAAAUACCGUAUUUAUUCUACGAUAUUUUACCUGUGGUAUACUCGAGCGUAUGUUGAUUGUUAUGUGAGACGGCACUAGUGAGCAUGUGAACGAGUGAGCGAAAAGGAAACUCAUAGUCUCAGUGCGUUUUUGUAUUAUGUUCAUUCGGUUGUAAAAAUAUCUACGUUUCUUGCGUGAAAAACAUUACAAUUCACGCCUAUGAGUUUGACUAACAAAAGGUGAACCAAGUAUUAACGUGGCAACACUAAACGCCGUAUUAAUGUGUAUUUUUGACGAAUAGUGUUGCUAUGUCCUAAUUGUAAGUCAAAUUGUGAUUUUUUUAUGAUGUGGAUUGAUCUAUUUCCUUUUAAAUAUGCACAGGAGCAAGGUAUACAAUAUUUAAGAAAGUCUUUUAUAUGUAUAAAUUGCAAUUUUGCUUGUGUUUAGGUGCUUAUUCGUCGUUCCCUGUGACGUUCGCAUUUGCCUUUUGCUCACGAAUUUAUUUUUAUUUUAGAAACCAUGUUUAUUUCUAUUUUAUUACGUUUAAUCUAUGUACAAAUCAGUGAUCACUAGGUUUUGUAUCUCAGUAUAUGUUUAUAAUGUAGUUAUUAGAUAGGUUAUGAAAAAGCUGCUUUUUUACUGAAUAUUUUGACAUGAUAGUUAACAAUUUUGAAAUGGAAUGAUAAUUUAUUAUUUAAUUAGAAUACCACAUGGUAUGUUUAGUUUCUGUACAGGUCAUUAUAGACAGUUGGCGUACAGCCUUCAUAUCUUUAGUCUACAAUAGAUACCUGGUCCCGUGCGUUCGAAUAACUUUUUUCAAGUUUUUAUUUAGUAUCAUCUGUCUGUCUAUAAUUAAAUGUUGAAAGUUUUGGAGCCACUGCCCGGUUUCCGAUCUAGCUGAAAUUUAACAUACAUACAUAUUUAAAUGCUUGUGGACCCCGAGCGAUAGUAACUAAUGAUCGUAAAUAAUCUUGUACCAAAAUGACAUGUUUUGACAGACUUUUUAUAUUUUUUACUAUCGAAAAUAAAACGUCCAUAAAAUGGAUAUUUUUCCCAAAAUUUGAGAUCAUUAUUUGAACGCACAUGUAAUUAUAGUAAUCAUUUUAUCCAACUAUAGUAGAUCUGUCACUUUAAUAUUAGGCUUUUGUAUAGUUUUCGGUAUUGUAACAUACCGGAAACGAAAUCGUGUCCAAAGAGUAAGUAGGAGUUAGAAUGCCGAGAGAUAAAGUAAAUUUAAAAUAUUUAUUUUAGCAUCGAAUGAUAACGCAUUUGUAUCAUUUAAAGUUAUUCAACUCGUGUACAGUCGUAUUCAGAAUUGUUUAAUAUUUUGGAGGUGAUUGUACUAUCGCGUAUGGCAUUAAAUGUGAAAGGUUUUCUAAAAACCGCAGAUUUCAGAAUUAAGGCCGGUUUCGCAAAGAACCCCAAGCACAAAAAUAAAGGUGCGUGCAUACUGUCUCUCAAUGUAUAAGAAAAUAUAUGGAAAUACUGGUAAUGUAAAUAAAUUAAAAUACUCAACCUAAAAUUAAAUAGCAGUUAAUAUAGAAAAUUACAGUGUUAUCGUAUCGCUCCCAGUGUGCACAAUCCUUAUCCAUGCAACAAUUUUGAACUCUUUAUAUCUAUGAUUUUUACGUAUUUUUUUACACUUAUACAAGACUCGUUUUGUCUUGUGACAUGUAUGACUGUCUGUAUUUUUAUGUAGAAUAAGCGACGUAAUUAGAUUUUGUAUGAGCUAAAUAAAAUAUACACUAUGUUAAUAUUUUUUACCAAAUAAAAUCGGUGGAUGUGAUAUCAUGCUGCCUGAUACUCCACACUAUUUCACUAUAAUAAGAAAAUAUAUAAAAAUAUUUUAUUUUUCAAAAAUCAAUAGCUGUAAGUAAAACCCCUAAAAUUUCUAAACAAAUUUUUCCUACCUUAAAGAAAUUAUAGUGAAAUAUAUCAUACUGUUUGCAUUCGAAACCGCAAUUGCGCAAGAAAAAUAUACGUAUUGCACAUAAAUUGCAAGAGGAUUCUAUUAAUUUCUCAUUAAGGAACUUCCUUUCUUUUACUUUUUAUUUUGUUGGUUUGUGGACGCCUAGUUUUGCCAAUGCAAAAUCCGACCAUAUCUAUAAAGUUGUUCGUUUUCAAGCUGUCCCUUACGACCAAUUCAUGGUCUAUUGUAAGUAAAACCGCACGUGCUACUUAAAAGGUUCGGUCACUCCAACCGGUUGUUGAAUUACACCUCCUAUGGAAAUUGCAAUAGUAUUAAAUUCAAAAUGAACUCAUGGAAAAAAUACCUUGCGAGACUGUGUAGUCCCUCUAUGGUUACUGAGUGCCGGCAAGUCGAACGCUAUAGGCCAGUCUAAAAUGUGUCCUCGAGGUGUGUGACAAAGGCGCGUUAUCGGAGAGCGCACUUACACUGGUCUUUUGAGUGUUGGACUAGCCCGCGCUCAAGUUACAAUAGAAUUAUACGCCAAUGACCGAACCUUUUUUGAUGCAGGUAAGUAGCAGGUGCGGUUUUACUUACAAUAUACAAAGAGUUAGCCAUAAGGGCCAGCUUGAAAAUUAACGAUUAUACAUAUGUCUGGAUUGGCUGUACGAUUUAUGUCUGUAUAGUAACAACUACUAGUUACUUCAGAGACAUUUCAUUGAAUCACUAAGCGUCAUUGUGAACCUUGUCGGAAUUGCCGAAGGUUGACAUUGGGGUGUAGUCUCGCGCGUCAGUUGACGUCUUUGGCCAGUAUCCUGGGACAGUGAGCAUAUGAGCAUCAAAUAGAUAGUGACAGAUAAACUGGCCAAAUUAUUUUGCAACCACCUUCCUUACCAUAGGAAUAAGGAUGUGUUUCACUUUGGCGGUCACGAUUUAUUUGAUGGUGGCCUAACUGGACUAGUUGGAUUCUAUAUUUCUUUAACCUGACCGCCACAGUCGGCUGUGGCCGUCAUCGGCAAGUCUUGCCAAGGACGGCCACAGCCGACAUGCAAUAUGGCUUUACGCGGGAUUCUGUAAAGUUCAAUUUCGCUUAAAAAAUCGCCGGCGUCCGAGGCACGGCAUAUUCCGUCGCCGUCUGGCGUUCAAAAGGUUAAUUUACCCCAAAAUGGUCGUCUUUAAAAUGUCCACGUUGCCUUGAGGAAAUCGCUUUCGAAUGCAAGCGUAGUUCACAUCCAACCGAUAACUUCCUGUAGAGGGCUUGCCGCAUUCCACUGUAGAUUAAGGCUGAACAACGAGGCUAUUGGUUAUUCAUUUGUGGCUUUCCAUCGCAGAGCCUUAUGCAUCAUGUGCAAUAAGCACGUUUCCAUCUUAAAUUCCAACAAGAUUUCCGAUAGAAACUUGCAACCCCUCAGGUGUUGCAGGUGUCCAUGGGCGGCGGUAAUCGCUUACCAUCAGGUGAUCCGUCUGCUCGUUUGCCUUCUAUAUUAAAAAAAAAAAAGAAUCGUCCUUAAUACAGAUGAAGUAUAAGGACCCUUCUGUGAUGGAAAGCCACAUUUAGACCUUCACUACUAUAGUUAUAAGAGCCUGUCUAUACUUUUUUUUACAUGUCAAUGUUUUAACUAUACCUAUACUCUGUAUUUUUAGGUAUUUAAAUAAAAGUAAAAUUUUCGGGUAGUUAAAACAUUGUGACAGAACCGCCUGGAUCUGUGACUGAACGACCUGACUUUAACCUACAUUAUUUGAUCUUGUAAUGUUUUCAUCUACCCUCAACUGGUUUAAGUAGCUAUUUGAGGGUAGAUUUUGUUUACUUUUAUUUAAAUACCUAAAGAUACAGAGUUAUAAUGUAGACCUAUAUUUUUUUAUUACUAUGAAUGGUAAUGUUGGUUACAACUAGUCUAGGUUAGAAGUGUAAAUCUAAAGAGCUCAGUUUUAUCAUAAAAGUAUUCUGUAUAAGGUGUCAUUGUUCAGCGUUGGAGGUGAUGGAGACCGAAUCAAAGCAGAGAAUUACAAUAGUUAUAUUUAAUGUUAACAGAAGGCUAGUUGAGAAAAGUGAUUUAAUCUAUACACAUGUAGAAGCUUAUAUAGUCGCGUACAGCGCCACACUAUGGAUUGUUUAUGAACUAUUGCAUACAUUGAUAUGGCUAAGCUUAGAGAGCAAGUACACAAGUUUUCGGUAGAUGUCACCUUAAAGAGGUUAAUUAGUUACAUUUCAUAGGUGGUGCCACCUACCGACGAUAGAGAGACUUAAUCUAUCUAGAUUAGGUAAGUAGGUAUUUAAGUAUGGUAAUACCUAAACUUGUUAAGAUAGGUCUUAACAGUCAUAGAUUUUUUUCACUUCUCUGCUCGUAAAAUUGACAUAAGUCGCGUGUAAAUUGCCUCGGAUAACAUUUUAUGCCCUAGUUGUAUAAUCUACUAUUUAUUGUUAGAUUCUAAAACCACCGCCAUCAAUUUUGUUAAGAUAUCUUUACUGAGCUGUUCCCAUUGGUAAAGGGUGAUAAAUUAUAUCCAGUUGCUACCAGUAAGGGCAUAAAGUGACCUAUUUCAUCCGAGGCAAUUUAUCAACAUAGGUUAGGAUAAAAUGGGUAUUCAUGCCAAGUUAUGUACUCUGCUUUUCACUUCGAUUGCAAGGAAAAUAUACAAAAAUAUCCAGUAUUUAAGGUUUUUUUAAGUCUAGGGGCGUAAUAGAAGAUUUUACUUUAUGCUCUAGAGCACAAAACGCAAAUUUAUGCCGCUUACACGCGACUAAAAUACCAACUUUACGAGCAUAAAAAGUGAGCAAUAAUUUUAUGUUAACAGCAAGCUAGGAUUUUAUCACUGGAAUCUUAAAAAUCGAGUAUAAUUUGACUAAUGUGAGGAAAGGACACCAAAGACUAGUUUUUACCAACAUUAUGGUGCUCCCACAUUGGCUGUUAUAAAAUGGUAUACAACUGUGGCAGGGACAUCAUGAUGGUAUUGAUAGUAAUUUAUUAUGUGGUCCCUGUCACACGAUGUUAUAUAUCAUUUUACAAUAGGGAAUAUUACGCGAAACUCUGCGUAGAGGUGGCGCCCCCUACCACACCACCUACCACAAUCCAUCACAAUUUGAGGGUCUACCACGGAACAAGAAAAACGCAAUUUGUUUUCUAACCUCUACGACUCAUAGGAGCAUAGCAUAUUUAAGCUAUAAAGAGGCAGAUGACUAAAUUUCGCCUUUCCCGGUAGGCCCUUUGUAAACAAACCGCCUUGAUGCAUCAAUGCCAUAUUUUAUUAUCUGUGAAAACUUGUCAAAACACAGUUUAACCUUUUGAACGCCACGCCUACCGCAUGCGGCGCGUAAUCGUGAACCUUUUCGGUACGCAUGAAGGUUGAUAUUGGGCUGUAGCCGCGAGCGUCUUUGGCGGUCAAAAGGUUAAGGCACAGUAUGUAUAAGUUAUUCUAUUUACGAUAGCUGCUAGGGCUACACUCUGGCGGGAUAACAUUGCAGUAAUACUCCCAAUUGCAAAUGUGGGAACACAAUUAUUAUAUGAUUUGUAUUUAACGGCCUACAACUCAAACGAUCUCCUGAAUGUGUUCAGUAUUAAGAUUGGGAAUGCGCGAGCCCCACGACUGAGGUUUAGCUUUUUGUAACGAUGUAACACGUAGGAAUGUUAUGACUUUUUUAUAAAACAACUCUAGUGUAAGUUAGAUUAGUACGGAUCGGAGACUAACCGUUGCGAGGUGGGGCGAGUUGAAUGGUGCAAUGUUCCUUUCACAUUUGACUCUGGAAAUGUUAACACUUUGAGUGCCUGGAAUCCGCGCGGGUCCUCUGUUCGUAAUCGCUUUCCUCUACUAAGCGGGAAAACGCUGGGAUCGGCUAAGAGCGUAGUGCUAUGAAAACGUUAGCAGUAAAUGCGGUAAAUCUGCUAUGAAAUAACGGCAAUGUCACCAUAAACAUCAAUCUUCUAUGAAAAUGUGAUGGUUAUGGUAUUAACUAACUAACUGCUUUGGCUCAGCGAUCCAAAAAGAAUCUUGGCCUCCGAAACGAGAGAACGCCACCUGUCCCGCUCCAGCGCGGUUUCCUGCCAUGAAUUGGCAUUCAGCCGACGCAGGUCCGCCUCCACGACAUCACACCAGCGGCACCUGGGGCGCCCGAUCGGACGACGGCCGAUUGGUCGCCCCAAGUACGCUUCCUUGACUACGCGAUCCUUCCCCAUUCUGAGUAGGUGACCGAGCCAGCGAAGUCUGUGGGAUUUAGUUACGCCUAUGAUAUUGGGCUCAGCCACCAACUCUUCGAUCUCGGCGUUUUUCCGGAUCCUCCAGGAGCCGUCGUCACUUCGGACAGGUCCCAGGAUCUUCCUGAGCACUUUUCUUUCCGCUAUCAGGAGCUGACUUUCCUCUUUUUGAGUUAGUGUCCAGGCCUCACAGCCGUACAUGAGAAUAGGCCGAAUGACGAUGAUGAUGAUGAUGGUUAUGGUAUUGCCAAAUUAUUUUACAACGGAUUUAACCCUUUACAAGGCAUAAGGGUGUCAGAUAUUAUGCAAUAACAAACCCUAUCACUUUGAAAUUAAGCUCAAAAUCAUGUGAAAAAAAUGUUCCCUGUGUUAUGUUAUAAAGGCUUAAGCAACGUGGCAGGGCUCGACAACUCUGGACUGGACUGGCUGGAAAUACUUGGCUGUCAUAAUUUGUAAUCGCGGCCGGCAAAACGUCCCACUUUAUCGCUUGCCAUAAUGAUGAAAUUUGCUUGUAUCUUUAUACGAAUAACAUGACAAUGCGUCCUUAUGGUAAGCGAUAAUGUGGGACGUUUGUUCGGCCGCGGUCACUUUCGAUCAUCCGGCUAGAAACCCUCUUUAAAUAAGACAAAUAUUUUUAUUAUUUUUAGCUGAAAAUAAAUGUAUCAUAUAUAUGUAUCAUAUCAUAUAUUGGAGAGAGAAAUUGCGAGAAAUUUCAGUAUCACUAAGGAAAAAUAAAAUAAGAAGCCAGUGUCUGUACAAACUGGCGUUCCUCCAAUAUUCAGCACGAUAACGGAAGUUGAGCUAUUUUGACCAGAGGUCUAAGGACUGCGUCUCACAUUUUGCUUAAUGAGAGAGUGAGACGCAAUGACAUUGGACACAGGUGGAAUAGCACCCUAAGCACUGUACAAAAUGGAUGGAGCUGAAACCUGCUUCAAAAUAACUCAACUUCCGUUCAAUAGAUGGCGCUGCGGAACCCGAAACCAGGGGUCUAAGCGCCCAACGAAAUGGAUGAAACUGAGACCUGUUGCGGUACUAACGCCGUCUGGCCUUUGCCUGUCUGUCAUUGACAAUUAACCGUACAUUACUGGUCAAACAAGUAAACAGUGACGCUAUGUAUCCUCGUUACUUACUGUCUCUGAAAUUUGGUGGAAUAGACGCCUGGCAAUAGCUUGAAUAUUGGAGGAACGGAAUGUACAAACGUGGCCAAUCUUCUUGUUUAAUGUAAAUUUAGUCUAAAUUUGAAGCCUAUUGGUCCACUUGACUCGCCCCACGGCAACGGUGACAAGCCCCUGUGGGGGCGCAAAAUUUUAAUUUUAACCAUAAUUUGAACAAUUCGAGCUCAGACCGCUUGUAGUAGACGCGCUUUUUAACGUGUAAGCUAUAUUUUUAAUUGAACACACUACGAGCUAGUAACGUCAGUCAUUAAUUUUUGAAACGCUUGUCCAUAUAAUCAUCUAAGGGUGCUAUUCCAUCUGGCCAAUAUCUUGGUCCAACGUGCAUUGCGUCUCUCUCUCCUUAAGCAAAAUGUGAGAUACAAAUACACAUUGGACCAAGAUAUUGGACAGAUGGAAUACCACCCUAAUGAAGGCAACUCAUAAGUCGUUUGAGGUAAAGGUUUGCUUCAGAAGAAAAAAUAUCGUAGCGGUUAUUAAGGUAAUUUUGAACCUUAUCGUUACUUAGAAUUCUCGACGCUAAUUAUUCGAUUAAACUUGUUACAUUGUGAACAAAAAAAUUGAAAAUAAUUUUACCCGAAGGACGGUUGACCGAACAGACAAAAUACGACAUAUUACUUUUAUAGAAGUGUGUUCAAUUAAAAAAUGUUGCCUAAAUGAAAUAAAUAUUACUACCUGAAAGGAACGGACUAUGUUAAUUAUAGUUAGUCUUAUAAUAUGUGUAGUAAAUAUAUACUCAAUUACAUCGUGAACUCAUUUUACUAAGAAAGUCUAAAUAAGUGCCAUAACUGUGAACACUUUUUCUGCUACCAUAUCUUGCUACACAUAUUAUAAGACAAACAAAUACAAAAAAAUAUAAUUAUGUAUGCUUCGGAUGUAAAUAUACUGCUAAGUAUUAUAUCGACCCUGAUAUUGUAUGUUUUUAUUUAAUUUUUGUACCUAAGCAUUGGCGGUUGUAAAACUGGAAAUAUUAAUUUUAUUGUGUUUUUAUUUUUGUAAAUAUAUAAUGCAGGUCAUGUAACAAUAUUUUUGAAAAUAUACCAUUAUUUAGA